AAAGGUAGAUAUUUUGACACACACCUGCGGACAUUAUCGCCAGUGCUGCACUGUAACUCUAGAUACAAAGACUCCUCUCUCUCAUCUAUUCCCUCUCCAAACUCCUCCAUUUGCUCUCUCUCUCUCUCUCUCUCUCUCUCUCUCUCUCUCCUCUAUUCUCUCUCUCUCUCUCCUCUAUUUUCUCUCUAUCUCUCCAAACUCCUCUCCACUAUGACAAAAGAGACGAUGGAACUGGGUGACGUUGGGACAUCCCUGAUGGCAUCAGACUCUAAGAAAGCACCGGUCAAGCCUCCCAACAAGUUUGAGCGCCUGGUCCAGCCGUGUCUGGCUGAGCUGGUGGGGACCAUGUUCUUUGUGUUCAUCGGCUGUGUGUCGGUCAUAGAGAAUGUGGAGGCAGCAGGGAGGCUGCAGCCAGCUCUUGCCCAUGGUCUGGCUGUGGCGGUCAUGGUGGCUUGCAUGGCAGAGAUCAGCGGCUCCCAUUUUAACCCCCCGUUUACCAUGGCGAUCUACCUGUGUGGAGGCAUGAAGCUGAAUAUGGUGGUGCCCUACCUCAUCAGUCAGCUCAUAGGGGGUGUGCUAGGUGCUUCUAUGUCAAAGCUGAUGACCACAACAGAGAACUACUCCAAGGCCCAGGGGGCAGCGUUUGCCCUGCUGCAGUCACAAGAUCAGCUGUGGGGGGCUCUGUUUGGGGAGAUGGCCAUGACCUGCCUGGUCACCAUGGUGGUGCUGCUGGGGGCGGUCAACGCCAAGAGUAGCAGCCCCAUGGUGCCCUUCAUGGUGGGCUGCACUGUCAUCAUCAACAUCCUGGCUGGUGGAGAUGUGUCUGGAACCUGUCUGAACCCGGCCAGAGCCCUGGGUCCUGCUAUAGUGGCCAACUACUGGACCUACCACUGGGUUUACUGGGUAGGACCUAUUACUGGUGGACUGGUGGCUGCUGCACUGGUCAGACUACUGCUUGGAGACAGGAAGACACGUAUUCUCAUGAAGUAAUACCAUAUGUCGAGUUGAUAGGUCUGAGAUUACCACUGUUGUUACAUAUAUUAUCACCAUUAUUGCUAUAUUAUCACCAUUAUUGUUAUAUUAUCACCAUUGUUGUUGCAUAUAUUAUCACCAUAAUUAUCCUAAUUAAAAUCAUUCAAUUCAAAACUAAUACAAUUUCCCAGUAUAUUUUGGGGAAACUAUUUUCCUGUGACUG